AUGGGAAUUAAGUCAUAAUAAAGUGAAACAAAGGAUUCUUCUAAAUUAUUUUUAAGUAUAUUUUCUAUUACAUCAGGCCAACAUACAAAGACGAUUGAGUCAUCAUAGGUUGAAAAUUCUAACAUAUUUAUUUAUGAAAACAAAAUAAAGUAUUGUUUUACUUCUUGUAAUUGUUUUGGUUUAAUAAAAACUCAAAUAGUUGAGAUAUAACUUUCUGGGAUUAAUUAUACCUUAAGAAAAUUAUAUAGAAGUCAAUAUAAACAUUAAGCAUGA